AUGGACGCCGGCCACGUGGCAGCUGACGUGGUGCGGGCGGCGGAGGCGGCGGUUCUAGCGUGCACCCUGCCUCCCGUCACUCUCCCUGUCAUGCCAGCAGCUGCAGCACCCCACUUCUCCUGUCCGUCGCCUAGUCCCUCCAGCUCCUCUCCCCUACUCCUACCACUGUUCGCGGUGGUGAACAUACUGUUCGGGGCAGCAACAGCAGCCGACCUCGCACCCCUCUGGCUGCUCGGCCCGCUCCUCCUCUCCGCCUCGCUCCGCCUCUCCCACUCCCUCCUCCAACUCUCCCUCACCCUUCUCAACCGCACUGCACCGCAGCGCCAGCUCCUUCUCACUCACGCCACCGACCUGGCAGGGUACCUUCGCUCCGGAAACGUCCCAGAAGAUGCGAGGAAGCUUCUCGGGAAGGUGCAGGAGGAGGUGGAGGAGAAGAGGCGUAGUGCGUUGUCUGUAGUGCAGGAGAGGCGGGCGGCACUGGUGGUGUACGUGAACAGUGGGCGGAUGGCAGAGGACGUGCAGUCCAAGGCAGAGCGGUGGGCCGUGGCGCGGUGGGAGGAGCUCUGUGAUUGGACCAUCGUGCGAGCAGAGGAUGCGUCUGAUUGGCUGAGAGUCACGCAGAGACGGGUGGGCAAGGUGGUGGAGAAGGUGUUCUGA